UUGUAGAAUGAAAGUGAAAUUAUAGGAGGAUUCCUGGGUUACAUGUUAAGUUUUUUUUUUUUUUUAAACAAGAAAAAUAUUUUCACUUCCUUAUUUUUGGGAAUAAAGGUUGGCGCCCAUGAAGAACUGAAAAAAUAGUCACGAUGAUAGCAGCAAUAUCUUUCCUUGUUCUUUCCACACUACCACAAUUUGUAGUCACCGUGGAGACAUCCUACGGAGCCCUAGCAGAGUUGGUGUCAGGACAUUCUCGGGUGUUCUUUGGUGAACAUGUCCAGCUUAGAUGCAGCAUUCCUGACGGCAGCAAGUCGAUAUGGAAUUAUUUGUGGUUCAAGGGAUCUGAGCAGCUUGAGCGCCACGCGGAAAUAUUGACUCUGCAAGGCUUCCGUAGCGACAGCGGCGCGUUUCAGUGCCAAGGAGUCAGGGACUCGGCUGUGGGAAACAUUUAUACCCAAAAAAGCCCACCUGUGGAAAUAAAUGUGGACGGAGGUUGGGCCAUCCUCCAGGUCCCGCAACAUCCGGCCUUGGUCGGAGAGACCUUAAAUAUAACCUGUCGCGUCCGCGGCCACCCCCGAGAUCAAGAGGUGGUUUUGUAUAAAGAUGGCGUGGAAGUCCUGAGGGAGAGUGGCUUCAAUCCAAAAUUGAGUUUGCCCCUUCUCAGCACGGAGGAUCAAGGACUGUAUACCUGCAGGGCGUCUUGGGAUGACAACAGACGAACUCAUUCAGUGAUUUCAAAUGAUGUUCAAGUUAAUGUCUCAGAGGUUCUGACACAGCCUGUGCUCGAAGUGGUCACAGAAAACGUCCCGCUCUCGGCGGAUAGGAUGAAGCUCAUUUGCCAUGUCCAGUACAACGCCCGCCCUCCGGCGCCUCCCAUUCACUACUUCUUCUACCUGGAUGACAGCCGUUUGGGGACGGCUAUGUCCGAGAACUUUGAUUUGGUCAAACGGAAACCGGGUCUGUACAGAUGCAAGGUCAAGGUACGCCAGCUUGGCCUGUCUAAGUGGAGUGAAGCCGAAGCGUUUGAAGAGUGAUAAGGACAUAAAAACGAGUUCUGUUGCUUUGAGAUGAAUCAAAUGAAUCACAAAUGAAUCAAUGAAUUAAAUCACAUGUACACAUUUGGGAAUUAAAUGAAUCACUUAUCACAAAUGAAUCAAUGAAAUAACAUGUCCACAUUUGUGAAUCAAAUGAAUCACUUAUCACAAAUGAAUCAAUGAAAUAAAUAACGUCCAUAUUUGUGAAUCAAAUGAAUCACUUAUCACAAAUGAAUCAAUGAAAUAAAUCACUCUAUGUACACA